CACUUUCGACCAAUGAGAGCGCGCUAUUUCAACUCGGCGCGCCGUUGAAUUUAGUUGAGGGAGCGAGCCAGUGCAAGCGAAGCGCGUUGAGUGUUGGUACUGCCCGUCGCGUCACAAAUCGCGAUCAUUCCCCGUUUCUUUCCCAAACCAAUCAAGCAGUGUCUGCUGCGUCGAGUGCAAUUAGUGCAAUCAUGUACAAUUCGAUACCAGUGAUGCGCGGGUGUCGCGCAGCGCGCUGUUGAGUGUCGUGUGUUGAUGUAACGCCGCCGCCGUUUGAGGCAACAACAAAGGCACAAGCUGCAUGCAAGAUGGACGGGCACGUCGAGCACAAGAGCGUCAGCCAGCAGGCGUCCGUCGGCAGCGAUUCCACCAGUGAGGACGCCGGCACCAUCCGACUCGCAGAUAGUAACUCGUCAGUGAUAAAACGAAUAUGCUUGGUCGGCAAUGCAAUGCGCGACGUCAACUCCUGUGGGGCGGCGGCGAGUUUCAACGUGUCGGUGGUGACAAGCGAAACGGGAAUGGAGUACAUUCACGAUCACAGCUGCCGGACGAUAUUCGUUGUCGAAUCCUUCGAGAGCGAAGCCUUCGAUGCGCUCUCACGCUACAAACAUCCACUUUUAGGCCCGCCAGCUCUAAGACAAUUAGCUGCGAAAAGGGAGCAUCUUCCUGACAAUACCCGCCCCCUUUACAAUCUCUCCAUGACCGGUGUUGUUGUGUGUUUCACUGGAUUUCGUAAUAAAACAGAACUGACAAAAUUAGUGCCAUUGGUGCAUCACAUGGGCGGCUCAAUACGAAGGGAUAUGUCCGUGAAGGUGACGCACUUGAUCGCGAAUGUUUCUGGCGGCGAUAAGUAUCAGUACGCUGUGACGUUCCGCGUGCCGAUUAUGAACUUGGAUUGGGUUUUGGCGAGCUGGGAGCAUCGGCACGACACGAAUUUCAAUGCGAAUAGUGAGAGUUUUAUGAGCGACUACAAGCUGAAACCGUUCCAUGGCGCGAAAGUCUGCUUCAUGGGCUUUCCGGAAGAGGAAGAGAAACACAUGGUUGAGAUCCUCGAGUCCAAUGGCGGUACAAUCACCACCAUGGACGACGCGACCUGUACCCAUGUCGUGGUGGAUCAGUCAGAGAGGUAUCCGCUGGAAGCAAAUGACUCGCUAACGCCAUCCAAAGUCUUAUCCCCAUCCCCAAUCAGACCCUGUCCAUCAAUUAAUCCUAGCGAUUGUUUUCGUACACCGAAACUGAACGCGUUGAAUACAUUGCACGAACAUGCAAUGGACACGUCUAUCGAUAGCAGUAUAUUAAACACCACUGAAGAUAUGCAAAAUCUUGACUUGGACACUACUGGCGUAGGUGUGCAGAGUAUCGGAAGGAAGCGAAAGUUGCCAUCACCUGAUAGUCUUAGUUUCUGUUCGAAGCGUAAACGUGACUUGAGUUACAGUGAGAAUACACGCAAGAAGAUUUCGAGCUUUUUUAAGACCCCGCUUGGUUAUUUAUCAAAUCGACGCCGCACUAUAGGUGGUGCGCAGAAUCAAAGCCUCAACGAGAGCGUUAUCUCAAGUUCGGGUGUUUUUGACGUGGAGACGGUGGAGAAUUUGAGCGCGUGUAAUCGUGCCAGUGUUACGCCAACGGUCAAAGCGAAGAAACCACGGAAAAAUCUGUUUCUGCGCACGUUUAGUACAAGUAAAUUCAUACGUCCGAAAAGUAACGUCAAUGAUAGUUUCACGUCCGAGUGCAGUGACGCGGUGGAAAAGUUCAAUUCCAGUUGUUUUCCUGAUUUCUCCUCCGCAUCCUCAAGCGCGCGUUUUCACGAGCUUCGCAGCAAUUUCGGCCAGGAUCAGCAGCGAGUGAUUACUCAAUCUGCGGUUGUGGAUGAGUCGAAGGUGACGGACCGUCCGGAUGGUCCCGGCAAGGCGCACAUGGUGAAGGCGGAGUGGUUUUGGACCUCUGUGCAGAAGGAGUUUAUUCUCGAGGAGAAGGAGUAUCUGUAUGAGGAUUAUCUUGAGAAAGUGUUAUCGCCGAAUACACGCCGUGAUUCACACCAGGCGACGCCGAGCAGUGCCAGUCGACGGAAGCGGAAACGUUUGCAUGAGACGCUUUCGUCGUUGGCGCAGCAGCAAUCGCCGGCGUGUGUGGUUCAUCACAAGCGGCGGUCUUCCAUUAGUGAUGCUGGCUUGCUGAGCGUGUCUGGUAGUUUUCUUGAUUGUACUACCAGUCCCGAUAAAGCGCUACAGGAUGCGAUUGAAUCACCGGCCGUACCGGACACGCCGAGGAAGGGUCUCACUGCACGUCAGCAAGUUUUUCUUGAGCUGGUGCAGACCGAGUCGAAUUAUGUUAACAUAUUGCACACAAUUAUGAAUAUGUUCAAAAAACAUCUUGAAGAUAUGGAUGAAGAGGAUGCGCUGUUAAACAAUACAGAAUUGAAGAUUAUUUUUGGUAAUCUUCCACCUAUCUAUGAAACGCACGUGCGCAUGCUCGACGAAUUGCGAUGGACGUCGUCGCACUGGUCUGAAGAUAAAAGUAUCGGCAACAUAAUCCUCAAAUACGCCACUGAUCUGCUGAAAGCCUACCCGCCUUUCGUCAACUUUUUCGAGGAGAUGAAAGAGAUGCUGACGCAGUGCGACGCUAACAAGCCGCGAUUCCACGCAUUUCUCAAGGUCUGCCAGACGAAACCCGAGUGUGGUCGCCAAAGUCUGCAGGACCUACUAAUUAGGCCCGUCCAAAGAUUACCCAGCAUAAGUUUAUUACUAAAUGACAUUUUAAAACAUACUCCAAAGUCAAACGCCGACCACGGUGCGCUAGAUCAAGCGCUAGCGUCGAUACGUGAGGUGAUGACGCAUGUGAAUGAAGAUAAACGGAAAACCGAAGGCCAGCGUGUGAUGUUUGAUAUCUUCAAUGAUAUCGACAAUUGCCCACCGGAUUUGGUGUCGUCACAUCGCACGUUUGUGACGAAGUGUGAUGUGGUGCAGCUGUGUGCCGAGGGACUGGCAGGCAAAGGCAGUCCGUUGCUAUUGUUCCUCUUUAGUGAUCAGUUGGAGAUUUGUAAAAAGCGCUCCAAAGGCUUUCAGACGCUCAAGUCGCCGAAUGCGCUCAACGGCGGCCAUCAUAAAAAUUCUGCCAGCAAGCCAUAUAAGCACGUACGACUGAUGUCGCUCAGUAUGAUUAAGCGGGUGAUUGAUAUUAGGGAGACGGACGAUUGCCAACGUGCGUUCGGUUUUGUAUUUCGCAACAAUGAUGAAUUGAAGGAGCGCUUGUUUACGUUUACGGUCGCGGGUGGUGAGGACGUCGACAAAAUGGUAUUUUUGCGGACGUUGUGUAGAACGAUGGCUACAAAUGCUUGUACAGCAGAUUCCGACAAGUUCCUGGUAAAUUUGGACCCCGCCGACUUGGAAAUCAAUACGAGUAUGGUAAAUAACGGCACGCUUUCGAAAGCUAUCAAGUUAGCAGCGAAUCGUACGAAAAUCCGCGUUGGUCGAGCGUUUUCUUUCAAUAAAACGCCGUCGAAACUGAAACGCGCUGUGUCCUCCAUGAUGUCGCCAUUUGGCAGCUCUACGAAUCUCACGCCUUCCUUACAAUUAGCUCAGAUGCGACUGGCUAGUUAUAACAACAUCAGCGAAUUGGGCAACGCUGAAAAUGCAGAAUCUCCGCCACUAGCACCGCUGUCGCAACAGCCGACGCGCAAGUUCAAGACGGGCUCGCUGGGCGUAAACGCGCUGAAGCGAUUAUAGUAGUUCAUACUCGAUAUCAUUUUUAUAUAUCUUGCUUACGAUUUGUAUACACUAGAGUGGAUGAGAUGUGCGUUAAAUUAAGGAAGAGGAAUUGAUUCGUAUGCGUAUAGUAUAGUGAAAGAUUGAUCCGUUCGCCGCUUUUAUUUAUAAGUUUUAUUGAUUAAUAUAUUUUAUUCGCUCAAAUAUUAUUUGUACAUAUAAGUUUAAUAAUAUAAGAAUGAAAUAAACAGCAACGAACAGCAUUACGUAUAACAA